AUGGCAGACUUCGGAGAAUACCCGCCCAAUAUGGCGCCGCAAGACGCGCUGGUGGUGCGCCAGCAGGCCGAGGCCGACCACGCUGUUGUGCCGUACACAGCAGAGGAUCUUUCGAGGCCCGCGACCGGGCCUCUGAACCCUUUCCGGGAUCAAACGACGGCACUGAAGCGCAAAAACGUCCUCACGGGACAUGCUGAGGAAACCUUCAUCAGCGAGCACACAUUCCGCGCCAAGCACCGGGCGGUGGAAGGCAGGGGCGGGCCCGAGCGAGAGCAUCAGACCAACCGGGAGCUCAAGGCCGAAGCUGCGAAGAUUCGAGCGACCAGAGAAGGGAAAGGGAGUGCCAUGAUUACCGAAGGAGCUGGCGCCUACGUGGGGCCCUGGGCGAAAUACAAGCAAAAGGAAUACGAGAUUGUCGACGAGGACCACGAGCUCGCGAGCGAUGAGGAGUACGAAAUUGUUGAGGAAGAGGAGGACGAUGAUGUUAUAGAGAGCGGCACGGUAGUCCAGGCGCCUAGCGAUGCUCUUGCGCGCCGGGAAGCAGAAGAAGCGCUUGGCGACGAGACGUCGACCUUCCACGGCGCCGAGGAGCACGACUACCAGGGCAGGACCUACAUGCAUGUUCCGCAGGACCUCGAGAUCAACCUGCGCAAGGAGGUUGGCAGCAUCAAGAACUACAUCCCUCAGAAGCAAAUCUUUUCCUGGAAAGAGCACACCAAGUCGGCCGCCAAGGCUGUCACGGCCCUGCGCUUCUUCCCCAACUCGGGCCACUUAUUCCUGUCGGCUGGCGCCGAUGCUACUGUCAAGAUCUGGGACUUUUAUCACGAGAGGGAGCUUCUCCGGACGUACUCUGGCCAUUCCAAGGCUGUGUCGGAUAUUUGCUUCAACACCGAUGGCACUCAGUUCCUUACUGCAUCUUAUGACCGCAUGAUGAAACUCUGGGACACGGAGACUGGCAAGUGCCUCAACAGAUUCACCACCGGGAAGACGCCACACGUUAUCAAGUUCAAUCCAGACCCUGAGCACUCGAAUGAGUUCCUUGCAGGUAUGUCUGACAAGAAGAUUGUGCAAUUCGACAUCAGGAAGCCCAGCGAGACAAUCCAGGAGUACGAUCACCACUUGGCGGCCAUCAACACCAUUGUGUUUGUGGACAACAACCGGCGAUUCAUGACGACCUCGGACGACAAGUCGCUUCGCGCCUGGGACUACAACAUCCCCGUGCCCAUCAAGUACAUUGCCGAGCCCGACAUGUACCCCAUGACUCGGGCCGCCUCCCACCCGAGUGGCAAGUACGUCGCCUACCAGAGCUCCGACAACCAGAUCCUCGUCUACGGCGCGAACGAGAAGUUCCGCCAGAACAGGAAGAAGAGCUACAGGGGGCACAACAACGCGGGCAUGGCGAUCGACCUGGAGUGCAGCCCCGACGGCCAGUUCCUCGCCUCGGGCGACUCGGCCGGGUACGUGUGCUUCUGGGACUGGAAGACGUGCAAGAUGUACCACAAGCUCAAGGCGGGUGCGCAGGCCGCCACAUGCGUCCAGUGGCAUCCUCAGGAGACGAGCAAGGUCAUCACGGCCGGGCUGGAUGGAGAGAUCAGGCUUUGGGAUUAG